AGCCGCCAUCUUGCUUCUUUUUCUCGCUCGCUCUCGCCCUCUCGGGAAGGCAGCGAAAGUGCUUUGGCGGUUUGUCCAUCCGCAGCUUCGGCUUUCGUAGUCGGGUCGCCUUCGCGGCCACCCCGGUAGCCCCCACUUCCCCUCCCCCUUCCCUUGGUCAGAGUUCGCCUGGAUCUGCGAAGUGCGCAAACUUGACACUCACCCUGGCCGUGAAUCCAAAAGACUGAUUUUAAGGGGUGUGGCAGGAGGCUUUGGACUCGAUGAGUUUCCACCGAAAUGUCGGAGAAGUCAGGCCAGAGCACAAAAGCAAAGGAUGGGAAAAAGUAUGCAACACUCAGUUUAUUUAAUACAUACAAGGGAAAAUCCUUAGAAACUCAGAAAACUACAGUUGCAGCUCGACAUGGAUUACAAAGUCUUGGAAAAGUUGGUAUUUCAAGGCGUAUGCCUCCACCUGCUAACCUCCCAAGCCUCAAAGCAGAAAACAAAGGCAAUGAUCCUAAUGUGAACAUUGUACCUAAAGAUGGUACCGGAUGGGCAUCAAAACAAGAACAGCAUGAAGAAGAAAAAACACCAGAAGUGCCAGCAGCACAGCCAAAACCUGGGGUUACAGCUCCCCCAGAAGUAGCACCUGCUCCCAAAUCAUGGGCCAGUAACAAGCAAGGUGGGCAAGGAGAUGGAAUCCAAGUGAACAGUCAAUUUCAGCAAGAAUUUCCCAGCCUGCAGGCAGCUGGGGAUCAAGAAAAAAAAGAUAAAGAAUCAAAUGAUGACAACUAUGGACCUGGACCCAGUUUACGCCCACCAAAUGUGGCUUGUUGGAGGGAUGGUGGUAAGUCUGCGGGUUCACCUUCUUCAUCUGAUCAAGAUGAAAAGCUGCCUGGCCAGGAUGAAAGCACAGCUGGAACAUCGGAACAAAGUGACAUCCUCAAGGUUGUGGAAAAGAGGAUAGCUUGUGGUCCUCCACAGGCUAAACUGAAUGGACAGCAGCCUGGUCUUCCUUCCCAGUAUAGAGCCAUGAUGCCUCCUUAUAUGUUUCAACAGUAUCCAAGGAUGGCAUAUCCUCCUCUACAUGGUCCCAUGAGGUUCCCUCCAUCUUUAUCUGAAACAAACAAAGGCCUUCGAGGGAGAGGCCCACCUCCUUCAUGGGCCUCUGAGCCAGAACGCCCAUCCAUCCUUAGUGCAUCAGAACUGAAGGAGCUGGAUAAGUUUGAUAACCUAGAUGCUGAAGCUGAUGAAGGUUGGGCAGGUGCUCAGAUGGAAGUAGAUUAUACAGAACAGCUGAAUUUUAGUGAUGAUGAUGAACAAGGAAGUAGUAGUCCUAAAGAGAAUAGCAGUGAAGAUCAAGGGUCAAAAUCCUCUGAAAACACUGAAAACCGUAAAGAAGCGGAUGAAGUUUGCAACACUAAAUCAUCUCAGAUAACUGCCCAGCCACCAGGAGCAAAGGGUCCCUAUGGAAAAGGACCGCCAUUUAAUCAGGAACGUGGUCCAUCUUCACACUUGCCACCACCUCCAAAGUUGCUUGCACAGCAGCAUCCACCUCCAGAUAGACAGGCAGUACCUGGAAGACCAGGCCCUUUCCCCCCCAAGCAGCAAGUACCUGAUGAAGAUGAAAUAUGGAAGCAAAGACGGAGACAACAGUCAGAAAUUUCUGCUGCAGUGGAGCGCGCACGGAAGCGGCGGGAAGAGGAAGAACGACGGAUGGAAGAACAAAGGAAGGCGGCAUGUGCAGAGAAACUGAAACGCUUGGAUGAGAAGCGUGGCAUCGUGGAAAAACAACCAUCUCCAGAAGAGAUACGGGAAAGGGAGCGAGAAAGAGAACGGGAGCGUGAGAAAGAGCUUGAACGAGAACAAGAACAGGAGCGUGAGAAAGAGAGGGAGAAGGAGAAGGAGAGGGAGAGGCAGCAGGAAAAGGAGAAAGAGCUGGAGAAAGAGCAGGAAAAACAAAGAGAAAUGGAGAAAGAAAGAAAGCAAGAAAAAGAGAAAGAAUUAGAACGGUGGAGGGAAAAUGAAAAAGAACUACAGAAGAUGAAAGAACAGGAAAAGGAGUGCGAGUUGGAGAAGGAAAGAGAGAAAGUGGAGGAAAAAAUAGAACUCAAAGAGACUGCAGUGGAGCCUGUGGUAGAAAAACAGGAAAGUGAAAACCUCUGUAAUAAAGAGGAGAAGCCAGUAUUUACUAGACAAGAUAGUAAUCGCAGUGAAAAGGAGACCACGCAAGUGGUUCAUGAAACAGAACCAGAGUCAGGAUCUCAGCCUCGGCCUGCUGUAUUACCUGGCUAUUUCAAACAAUUUCAGAAAUCUUUACCACCACGAUUUCAGCGGCAACAGGAACAAAUGAAACAGCAGCAGUGGCAACAGCAGCAGCAGCAAGGUGUACUUCCACAAACCGUUUCUUCACAACCAUCUGGUAGCACUGUCCCUCCUCCACCACACAGACCUGUUUACCAGCCCAUGCAACCUCACCCUCAACAUUUGGCAUCCAUGGGUUUUGAUCCUAGAUGGCUCAUGAUGCAGUCAUACAUGGAUCCUCGAAUGAUGUCAGGGAGACCUGCUAUGGAUAUUCCACCCAUUCAUCCUGGAAUGAUUCCUCCAAAGCCAUUAAUGAGAAGGGACCAGAUGGAAGGGUCGGCAAACAGUUCUGAAUCAUUUGAGCACAUGGCUCGAUCUGCAAGGGAUCAUGCGGUUUCCCUUUCUGAGCCCCGUGUGAUGUGGGGGUCAGAUCCCUAUCCUCAUGCUGAGCCUCAACAGGCAACUACUCCCAAGGCACCUGAGGAACCUGAGGAUAUAAGGCCUGAAGCUGCACAAGACCAAGAACAGAUCACUGCUGCUUAUCCUGUAGAACAUAGUCAUUUAGAGGCUCAUCCAAAAGCAGACUUUGUCAGAGAAUCAAGUGAAACAGAAGCACAAAAGUUUUUAAGUAGAUCUGUAGAAGAUGUUAGACCUCAUCAUACUGACACAAAUAAUCAGUCUGCUUGUUUUGAAGUACCUGACUCAAAGGCUUUAUCCACUCCUUCAGAAGAUCGGAUUUCAGGUGUAGAAAGUCAGCCCGUCCGGAAGCGAAGUGUUUCCCAUGGAUCUAACCAUACUCAAAAAUUAGAAGAGCAAAGAAAUGAGCCAUCUGCAAACGUCCCUAAAGUAACCAGUAGAUGCCCUGAUUCAAAAGAACCAGCAGAAAGGCCAGAGGAGAAACCAAGAAAGGAUGGUUUCAUACGCUCUUCUGAAGGACCAAAACCUGAAAAAGUAUAUAAAUCUAAAUCAGAAACUCGCUGGGGCCCAAGGCCUGGCUCCAACAGAAGGGAAGAAGGUAAUGAUAGACCAGUGAGAAGAUCAGGUCCCAUUAAAAAACCUGUGCUUAGAGAUAUGAAAGAGGAACGGGAGCUAAGGAAGGAGAAAGAAGGUGAAAAGGUUGAAAAGGUCCCUGAAAAAGUGAUAAAACCCGAAAAGACGGAAAAGAAGGAUCUUCUUCCUCCACUCCCACCACCUCCAGCACCAGUUCAGCCACAGUCAGUUACACCACCAACUCAGCCAGAACCUGAAAAAUUGUCUUCAACUGAAGCUUCAGCUGUGGCUCAAAAGCCAUCCCAAGAUAUCGAGGUGACUUUAGAAACUGUGAGUAGCGUUCAGGUGGAGCCUGCAGUUAAAACUGUGAACCAACAAACUAUUGUAGCACCAGUAGUCAAAGAAGAAAAGCAAACUGAGAAACCUGUCAGCAAAGAGCUUGUUGUAGAGAGGCCUCGACCAGAUUCAAGACCAGCAGUGAAAAAAGAAUCAACUUUACCACCUAGGACCUACUGGAAAGAAGCUAGAGACAGAGAUUGGUUUCCAGAUCAAGGAUACAGAGGUCGAGGCCGAGGUGAAUAUUACUCCAGAGGUCGAAGCUAUAGAGGCUCUUAUGGAGGGCGUGGCAGGGGAGGCAGAGGACACACUCGUGAUUAUCCUCAGUACAGAGACAAUAAACCAAGAACAGAGCACGUGCCCUCAGGGCCUCUCAGACAGCGAGAGGAAAGUGAAACACGAAGUGAGAGCUCUGAUUUUGAAGUCGUCCCCAAAAGAAGACGACAACGGGGUUCAGAGACUGACACAGACAGUGAAAUUCAUGAAAGUGCAAGUGACAAGGAUAGUUUAAGCAAAGGUAAACUUCCUAAAAGAGAGGAACGGUCUGAAAACAAGAAACCUAUAAAGUCUCAAUCUUCUUUCAAGCCAGAAAAUCAUGUCCGAAUAGAUAAUAGACCACUAGAAAAGCCUUAUGUGAGGGAAGAUGAUAAAUCUAAACCAGGUUUUCUUCCUAAAGGGGAGCCUACACGGCGUGGCAGAGGGGGAACAUUCAGGCGUGGUGGAAGGGAUCCUGGAGGUCGUCCAUCCCGCCCUUCCACCUUACGAAGGCCUGCUUAUCGGGACAAUCAGUGGAAUCCACGGCAGGCAGAAGCUCCUAAACCAGAAGAUGGAGAGCAGCCAAGAAGACACGAGCAGUUUAUUCCUAUGCCAGUAGAUAAACGACCUCCAAAGUUUGAGCGAAAAUUUGACCCAGCUAGAGAGAGACCACGCAGGCAACGUCCUACCCGACCACCAAGGCAAGAUAAGCCUCCUCGGUUUAGAAGACUAAGGGAGAGGGAGGCUGCUUCAAAGACAAAUGAAGCAGCAUUGCCCACCAACGGCACAGUUAAUAAUGUGGUUCAAGAACCAGUGAAUCCUGCUGGAGAUAUUUCUGGGAAUAAAACACCAGACUUGUCUAACCAGAACUCUUCAGAUCAGGCAAAUGAAGAAUGGGAAACCGCUUCUGAAAGCAGUGAUUUCAAUGAACGGCGAGAAAGGGAUGAAAAAAAAAAUGCUGAUUUGAUUGCACAAGCAGUUGUGAAAGCCGGAGACAACGGUUUACCUCCAAAGAGAGAAAUAGCAAAGAGAAGUUUUUCUAGUCAGAGGCCUGGAGUAGAUCGCCAAAAUCGACGUGGCAACAGUGGUCCACCCAAAUCAGGAAGAAAUUUCUCAGGUCCUAGGAGUGAAAGACGAAGUGGCCCACCAUCAAAAAGUGGGAAGAAAGGGCCAUUUGAUGACCAGUCUGCAACCACUGCUGUUGUUGAUUCUGUCAAUGGCAGCUUAGCACACCACCAGGAAGGAGUGCUUAAUGGUACAGGACAAAAAACUUCCAAAGAUCCUACUGGGAAAAAAAGAGAAGACCCCAAACCAGGUCCUAAAAAACCCAAAGAGAAAGUAGAUGCUCUGUCACAGUUUGAUCUCAACAAUUACGCAAGUGUUGUUAUAAUUGAUGAUCAUCCUGAAGUAACAGUUGUUGAAGACCCCCAGUCAAAUUUGAAUGAUGAUGGUUUUACUGAAGUGGUAUCCAAAAAACAACAAAAACGUUUACAGGAUGAGGAACGGAGAAAGAAGGAAGAACAAGUCAUACAGGUCUGGAACAAAAAAAAUGCAAAUGAAAAAGGAAGAAGUCAGACUUCUAAGCUCCCUCCAAGAUUUGCCAAAAAACAAGUAACAGGGACUCAACAAGUUCAGUCUCCAGCCUCAACUUCAGCUCCAGUCCCCUCAUCUCCUGCAACUACAGUUCCAGCCUCCACUAUGGUUCCCAUUCCUGUAUCACCUGCAGCUCCAACUCCAGCCUCAACCUCAGCUCCAGUUUUAACCUCCACAGCUCCAGUUGCAGCCUCAGUUUCAAUUCCAGUUCCAUCUUCCACUUCAGCCAUAGCCACAGUCUCUUCAUCAGCCACAGCUCCAGCUCCAGCUCCAACCCCCAUCCUUGUCUCUGCUUCAACACCAGCUCCUGUCCCCAUUCUUGCCUCAGCUUCAAUUCCCAUCCUUGCUUCAGCCCUAGCACCAACUUCAGCUCCGACCACAGCCUCAGCACUCUCGGCCCCACCUGCACCAGCCAUCUCAACCCCAGCUGCCCCCGUCUCAGUGCCAGCUGCCUCAGUCUCAGUUGCCCCAGCCUCAUCCUCAGCCUCCACUGCGCCAGCCCAGACUCAGACACAGACCCACAAACCAGCCCAGAAUCCACUGCAGGCAGCACCACAGUCUUCUAAACAGCCACCACCUUCAAUUAGGCUACCUUCAGCUCAGACACCUAAUGGCACAGAUUACGUAGCCACAGGAAAAUCCAUUCAGACUCCCCAGUCACAUGGCACCCUUGCAGCUGAAUUAUGGGAUAACAAGGUGACUCCGCCCGCUGUCCUGAAUGACCUCUCUAAGAAAUUAGGUCCCAUUAGUCCACCACAACCACCUUCAGUCAGUGCAUGGAAUAAACCGUUAACAUCAUUUGGAUCAACUUCAUCAGAGGGAACAAAGAAUGGUCAAGACAGUGGAGUUGAAAUUGGAAUUGACACUAUUCAAUUCGGUGCUCCAGCUUCAAAUGGGAAUGAAAAUGAGGUUGUUCCUGUGCUUUCGGAAAAAUCUGACAAAAUACCUGAACCAAAAGAGCAGCGCCAGAAGCAGCCACGGGCAGGACCUAUCAAAGCCCAGAAGCUUCCAGAUUUGAGUCCAGUAGAAAACAAAGAACAUAAACCUGGUCCUAUUGGAAAGGAACGUUCAUUAAAAAAUAGAAAAGUGAAAGACGCCCAACAGGGGGAGCCAGAGGGACAGGAGAAGCCAAGCUCUACUACCAUCAGAAGCACAGAUCCUUCCACCACGAAGGAAACCAAAGCAGUCUCAGAAAUGUCUACUGAUAUAGGGACCAUGAUCUCUGUAUCAUCUGCAGAAUAUGGCACAAAUGCAAAGGAGUCUGUAACAGACUAUACUACACCUUCUUCUUCUCUGCCUAACACUGUGGCUACUAAUAAUGCAAAGAUGGAGGAUACUUUGGUUAAUAAUGUGCCCCUGCCUAACACCCUACCCCUCCCUAAGAGGGAGACCAUACAACAGAGCUCGAGCCUCACUUCAGUUCCUCCCACUACUUUCAGCCUCACCUUCAAGAUGGAAUCUGCACGCAAGGCAUGGGAGAAUUCUCCAAAUGUAAGGGAAAAAGGAUCUCCAGUAACUUCCACAGCACCUCCAAUUGCAAGUGGAGUGAGCAGCAGUGCCAGUGGACCAAGCACUGCCAAUUACAAUUCGUUCUCAAGUGCAUCAAUGGCUCAGAUUCCUGUCGCUUCAGUCACUCCUACAACAUCAUUAUCAGGAGCUGGUACAUAUACUACCUCUUCUUUGAGUACAAAAUCUACAACCACUUCGGAUCCUCCUAAUAUUUGUAAAGUGAAGCCCCAACAAUUACAAACAAGUAGCCUGCCUUCUGCAAGUCAUUUUUCACAACUAAGCUGUAUGCCUUCCCUUAUUGCCCAGCAGCAACAGAGUCCACAGGUUUAUGUGUCUCAGUCUGCAGCAGCUCAAAUACCAGCUUUCUAUAUGGACACAAGUCACUUAUUUAGUACCCAACAUGCCCGAUUGGCUCCACCAUCCUUGGCUCAGCAGCAAGGUUUCCAACCAGGUCUUUCUCAGCCAACUUCAGUUCAGCAGAUUCCAAUUCCUAUUUAUGCACCACUGCAAGGGCAGCAUCAGGCCCAACUGAGUUUGGGGGCUGGACCUGCUGUUACCCAGGCUCAGGAGUUAUUUCCUUCUUCACUUCAACCAUAUAGAUCUCAGCCAGCCUUCAUGCAGAGCAGUCUGUCCCAGCCGUCUGUGGUCCUUUCCGGUACUGCUAUCCACAACUUCCCAGCUGUCCAACACCAGGAGCUUGCCAAAGCACAAUCAAGUCUUGCUUUUCAACAGACUUCAAAUACUCAGCCUAUUCCUAUAUUGUAUGAACAUCAGCUGGGGCAGGCUUCAGGACUGGGCGGUUCCCAACUGAUUGAUACACAUCUUCUCCAGGCUAGAGCAAAUCUUACCCAGGCCUCAAAUCUUUAUUCUGGACAAGUACAACAGCCUGGUCAAACAAAUUUUUAUAACACUGCCCAGUCACCGAAUGCUCUCCAGCAGGUAAACUAUGGCAUGGUUACAGUACCUUUACCAGCAUCCCAGCUUUCCUUGCCUAAUUUUGGGUCUACAGGACAGCCUCUAAUUGCUUUGCCUCAGACUCUGCAGCCCCCAUUACAGCACACCACCCCACAGGCCCAGGCUCAGAGCCUGAGCCGUCCCGCGCAAGUAAGCCAGCCUUUCAGAGGGUUAAUCCCUGCCGGAACACAGCAUAGCAUGAUUGCAACCACAGGAAAAAUGUCUGAAAUGGAAUUGAAGGCCUUUGGAAGUGGCAUUGAUAUUAAACCAGGCACACCUCCAAUCAGUGGUAGAAGCACAACGCCAACAUCUAGUCCUUUCCGGGCUACUUCCACAAGUCCGAACAGCCAGUCCAGCAAAAUGAACAGCAUUGUCUAUCAGAAGCAGUUCCAGUCAGCCCCUACCACUGUGAGAAUGACACAACCAUUUCCUACACAGUUUGCACCCCAGAUACUCUCUCAGCCUAACCUGGUCCCUCCAUUGGUAAGAGCCCCACAUACUAACACCUUCCCAGCGCCUGUUCAGAGGCCACCAAUGGCACUGGCCAGUCAGAUGCCUCCUCCGCUGACCACAGGCCUCAUGAGCCAUGCUCGUUUGCCACAUGUAGCCAGGGGCCCUUGUGGAUCACUAUCUGGAGUCAGAGGUAAUCAGGCCCAGGCUGCGCUGAAGGCUGAACAAGACAUGAAGGCAAAGCAAAGAGCAGAGGUUCUUCAAUCCACGCAACGGUUCUUCUCUGAACAGCAACAGAACAAACAGAUAGGAGGCAAAGCCCAGAAAGUGGACAGUGAUUCAAGUAAACCUCCUGAAACACUGGCUGACCCUCCUGGUGUCUGUCAGGAAAAAGUAGAAGAGAAACCACCCCCUGCACCCACCAUAGCCACCAAACCUGUUAGAACUGGACCAAUCAAACCUCAGGCCAUCAAAACAGAAGAAACAAAAUCUUAAAAGCUGUGCUAUAUUGCAGGGGUUGGGAAGGGUUGAGGGGAGAAUGAAGUCAGAUAUUGCCAGCAGCCAACGGGGUAAAACGGUCUGUGACAUUAUCCUGUCCAGAGUUUAGAGAUACACAAGGAACAUAGGAGCAAUUUACACUGACACACAGCUGCUGCACCAGUAGAAAUGAGGCUUUGCAAGCUUGUACCUUCUAUAUAACGUGCUCAGUUGAUGGCCAUGUAUCUUCAGUCGAAUUUCUAUACAACUAUUUGCACAAGGUUCUCAAGUGCAUACAGUCUAGACCUAAAAAUCCUUAAUGGUCAGGUGAAACAACAGAACCAAGAGAAAAGUCAUACUGCAGAGGAAUGGCUCUGCCUGAACAAUGGUGGUCUCAGCUAAAACGUCAGAUGUGGUUUCUUUGUCCCCUUAUAUUCUUUGGAUGUGGUUAUGCCAUUGAUAGGCUUGCAGGUGAAGAACUGAAGAUGACUGGUGCUGGAUAGAGGAGCCUUAUUUUUUUAUUAUGGCAGCUUUGCUAUUUUUGUAACAUGGUGAUUGAGUUGAACACAAUCAAAGUACAGUGGUAACUGAUCUCCCCUUCCUGAAUGAGUGAGCAGAUGAUUUCAUAUUGAUGUCAGCAUCCUUGACCUGCCAAGCGAGCAAUGUUUGGUUUCUGCUUCUGUUUGAAAUGAUGCUGUGUUUUGGUUGUGGUCCAAAGCUUCAAAGCACUGUUUGGCAUUUCCUUUCUUCUAUGGAGCUCUCACCAUUCACAUGUGACAGAUCUGGUAAAAUACUAGUUAGGUUGAAUCUUGCUUGCCUCCACUCCGUCAUCUUUGUAUGAAUCGAAUUUUCACGCGUGCCCCCCCCCCUUUUUUUUUAACGGUUUUUUAGCUGAUGUUCUUGAAGAGCAGUGAGUACCUAGAACUGUGCCACUAAUGAAAGGAAAUCUCAUCAAAGAAGGUACAUUUCUUUACAGAGCUGUGUCAUACCAUCCUUUGGGCACUCUGCUGGGAAAGUAGAAUCAAGUCUCAAAUAAUGCCUUUUAAUUGUAUCCUCUAGGAUUUAGAUGUAGGACAGUACUGUAUCAUACCUCUGUGAAUGUAAAAUAUCUUGUACCUGCUUCAUGAUACGUAGUAGUGACUGUGCUUUAUCAGAGCUGUUUUUAAUGAUGUUAUUCUAGAAUGUUUUCUUUACAGAUGAUUGAGAAGCUAAUUAAAAAAAAUGGUGCCAGGUACCACGACAGUAACAAAACUUUGCUGUUUUCGGGGUUUUGUUUUUUUACCUUUUUUCUUUUUUUUUUUUUUUUUUUUUAAUGGA